CCAACGGGUGUCGUCGGUGACGUCCGUUCAUCGCACCGUGAUGGACCCCGGCGGCCACAGAGAUGUACGGGACGGCUCACCAUCAGAACACUAACACCCACCAAGCAUUAGUUUAUUGAGUUUAAUUCUUUUCAAAUAAGACGCCAACAAUGUCGCUCCAACCGCCAGCGGAGGACGCCACGGUGGAGAGAGGCGCCUUCUUCAUCUGCGGCGCCGACUCGGACGACGUCGCGGCAGAGGAGGAACACCACCAACUCAUACUACAGAAAGCCAACGCGCUGGCAUCGGACAACUGCCUCAAGGAAGCCAUCGACUGGUUCUCGGCGGCCAUGCGGUAUGUCCCCGUGCGACCCGAGCAACUGAGCACUUUUGUGGACUGUAUCCUCCGCAACUUCAAGAGGAAAGCGGUGCCCAGCGAACAGCCGGGCCAGAGUCGGGACGACGACGUGUUCGACUGUCCGAACUGCCGCGGCUUCCUCGGCGAACCGGUGACGCUGGCGUGCGGACACAUGUACUGCAAGCGGUGUCUACAGCGGCGGCUGCUCUCCAAGUGUAGGCUGUGCGGCGAGGCCGCGAGCGGCGAGGGGAGAGCCAACGUGAUCAUGUGCGGCCUGUUGGAGAAAUGGUUCCCCGGCGAGCUGGAGAGGUCGAAAACACUGCGCGAGGUGGACAAGCUGUGUAGGAGCGAGCGCUUCGAAGAGGCGGUGUCGUUGGCGACCGACCUUAUCCACAGCGAUCCAGAGAAGACGGCGGUGGUGAGACUGUCUCGAGCGGAGGCGUACAUGGCUCUCAAACAGCACCGUCUGGCUUUGGAGGACACAGAUUUUUGUCCCGUGUCCAGCUGUUCUGCUGAAGCCUUGUAUAGGAAAGCAAUGGUGCUGAAUGAGAUGGGCGAGGUGAACGAGUCUCUCCAAGUCUUCCUCCACUGCCUGGCUGCGGACGAAGACUUCCCCUGUGCUAAGAGACAAGUGGAAAAGAUCUUGUGUGACCUGCUCUCCCCGGCUGAUGAGAACGUCAAGGUCGGUCUGAGGGAAACGGCGCACAACACAUCGCCUCAUCUGCGCAGCAAAACCCUUGUGGCUAAUGCACAAGCUCAACCACACAGCCCCGUCCAAAGAGGAAACCAACACCAGGUCCGUGCUGCCUCCGCGCACCUGGACAACCAGGACGACAACCAGGAAAACAACCAGCAGAAACGCUGGGAAAGUCUGGAGCGGUCUGGUCUGAGCCGAGCUCACUCGCUUCGGGUGCGCGGCUUGAGCGGCGGUGAAGAGGGACUGAAGAGAGUUUGCUCCGCUCCUCAGCUGGGGGACCAGGAGAAGGGCAGCCUGCUGAAGAGGAAGUUGUCAGUGUCAGACACAGAACCUUAUGUUGUGGACAGUGGAAGUAGCAAACAUAAAAAACAAGGUGUUGCAAAAGGCUCCAGACAGCGGCUUGCCAAAUCUAAAACCAGCAGAAGGAUUCCUGAGGAUCAGCUGGACCCCAAGGACCUGGAGUGCUCUCUCUGCAUGAGGUUGUUUUAUGAACCUGUGACGACGCCCUGUGGCCACACCUUCUGUAAAAACUGUCUGGAACGCUGCUUGGACCACACACCCCAGUGUCCUCUCUGUAAAGAGAGUUUGAAAGAGUAUCUUGCGUGUAGGAAGUACAUGGUGACAACGGUCUUGGACACGCUGGUCAAACAGUAUUUGAGUCAGGAGUACGCAGAGAGAACUAAGACUCAUGUGGAGGAAACCAGAGAGCUAUCUGAUCUGACGAAGAAUGUGCCUAUCUUUGUGUGCACCAUGGCGUACCCCACCGUGCCUUGUCCCCUCCAUGUCUUCGAGCCACGUUAUCGCCUCAUGAUUCGCCGCUGCAUGGACACCGGCACGCGGCAGUUCGGGAUGUGUAUCAAUGAUCCCCAGAAAGGGUUUGUAGAUCAUGGCUGCAUGUUGAUCAUUCGGAGUGUCCAUUUCCUGCCUGAUGGGAGAUCAGUAGUGGACACCAUCGGAGGAAAACGCUUCCGGGUUCUGUCCAGAGGAAUGAAGGAUGGUUACAGCACUGCUGACAUAGAACACUUGGAGGAUACAAGGGUGGAAGACAGUGAUGAGCUCGGGAGACUUCAGGAGCUGCAUGACGCAGUGUACGAGCAGGCCCGCGUCUGGUUCCAGAACCUCAAGAUCCACUUCCACAACCAGAUCCUGCAGCACUUUGGAUCCAUGCCAGAACGAGAAGCUGACAUCCAGGCAACUCCCAACGGUCCAGCUUGCUGCUGGUGGCUGCUGGCUGUCCUGCCCAUCGACCCGCGUUACCAACUGUCUGUCCUCUCCAUGACCAGCCUCAAAGAACGCCUGGUGAAGAUCCAGCACAUCCUCACAUAUCUGCAAAGCAUCCCCGACAACUAGAGCUUCCUCUUCUCGCCACCACCAACAUCCCCUGGACAAUAUAUCAACCCUUAAGCAACCUCGUAAUCAACAUCGGACUAACUAUUAUUUCUACAGAAAUGUGAUCCUUCAUACUUUAAUUUCUUAGUUUGUAUUAAUCCCACACACGAUAAGAGAGAAGAUUAAGCGUCCUUGAACUGUUGAUCACUGAAAUCAGAGAUUUCUGGCCCAACUACCUCAGGGAUUCUUCGAAGGACACACUCUUUGUUUGUGAUUGUCAAAAAUAAUCUAAAUCUGCCCUUUUUCUUUGAGGGACUUUGGUGAAAUAAAAAUAAGUCACUGCGCCACUUGAUAAUGUGUGACGCUGUUGAAGACAAUGAAAGAAAGAAUAUCUAUGGAUCACAUUUUUUUUUAUUGUACUGAGGUGAAGAAAGACUAUUAUGGUUUCUUUUGUUUCAUCUCUGGUGAGACCAGUGUAAAGGAAGUCUUUCUUUUGAUUCUUGGCUCUUAAAAUUUAUAUUAAUAUGGAGAAGGAUGAGGUGAUUCAGUGGAACAAAAUCCUAAAUGCUGAAAGUCGAAAAGCAAGUGGUAAUCUAAUGUGGUUUAGAGGAACCGGUGAGAACUUGCAGACUGCACAACCAAGUGAAACUACAGGCUGGUGCAUGUGUCCCAACACACGAUGAAAGUAUUAAUCGAUCUCUUCCACGCAUCAAGUUUUCUUCUUUUUCCCCUCUCACGUGCUUACCGUGCGCAACGUCAAUCGCUGCCUCCUUAAGUGUUGGCCCGGGGCGCUUCUGUCGAAAGAACGACAAUCCACGUUUCUUCUGUUGGUUUUCACUUUUAAGUUUCUUCCAUGUCGUCGUGCUGAGAUUGGCCAUUGUGUGUGCCUCCUCCCCGAACAUGAUUCUGGAGGAACAUUCGUGAAACCUCAUUGCUCAUAUGUUUUUUUCCCCCUCUCACAGCUCAUAUGCUCUAUCUUCCAAAAUGUCUGUUUGUCAUAGAACUUACAAGUUCCUGCUGGAGUAUGAGGAUUUGAGAGUGUUUUAGAGUUCAGAGGUUCUGUCAUGUUUUAUUUGUCUUUCCUCAAAACCAAAAAAGUUAAUCUUCCCUUUGAAUGAACUUAAACUGAAUUAAUUUAUAAGUUGAUAUAUAUUUUAACAUUCUAACGUGUUUGUAUGAGAAAUUUUAAGGGGGCGUAGAUUAUUAAUAUUAUGACAAAUGAAAACAGCAUGUAAACCGCCAAUAAGUCUGCAUUAUUCUUCAUUCAAAGCUGCUCUGUUGGCCGGGUGGACUUUGUUUGCCUUACACCACUUGGCAUUGUGACACGAUGCAUUGGCUUGGAUACCAUUCCUUUUUGCCAUAGUAUGAAGUAUGUUUUAAAUGUAUUUUUCCCCACUUUCAGGUAGUUCGAGCCACAAUGUGUACACAAUGUGUAUUUAAAAAAAACAAAACAAUUAAUGUCAAGGCUGUUAUAUGUAAAUCAUUUGUAAAAAAAAAAAAAAACGAACAGAAAAAGCUUUUUGGAUAGAUCUAGCUUUUUUGCUCAGUUUUAAGUUAUUGAUUUUCAAUAAUAAAUACACCUCUUUUUUCAA